GCGUAUGCUUAUCAAUACACUCUUUGAUAAUCAUAAUCGUAUAUAAUUGCAAAGCCUGUCCGAGCUUAUAAAAGAAAUUGUUGGAUGAUAAAUAAUACAAUUUUUUCAUGAAAUCACGUGGAGCAUUUGUAGCUAGCAGACUGCAGAAAUACUUAUCGAAUAGGAUGCGCGCGCGCACCUACUGUGUCUGCAGCGCGUUUUCGGAGCAAAUUGCAUCACUUGGAGAAUCUACCUUGAUAUAAUUGCAAAAUCUGACGGGUCAAUGGCAAAUGGACACCUUAAAUUUGAAGCUUGAUUAAUUCACCAUAAUUCAAGACAUAAUGGAUCGCAGAGAGCACAUGAAUAGUCUUGCUGAUUCAUGCAGUGACUUCAAGAAACAAUACGACACCUGUUUUAAUACAUGGUUUUCUGACAAAUUUCUGAAAGGUGACACGAAUGACUCCAUGUGUGCCUCCUUAUUCAAUGUCUACCAGCAAUGCGUCAAGGUAAAUUAUUUAUUUUUUAUGACCACAGGUUUUCUGUUAAAUCUUUAACUGCUGCAAUAUGGAAGCAUGCAGGGAUUUAAAAGAAAAAUAUGACAAUUGCUUCAAUAGUUGGUUCGCUGAAAAAUUUCUUAAAGGCGAUCAUAAUGAUUCCAUGUGUGCACCAUUCCUUAAAGUGUAUAAGGAAUGCAUCGAGAAUGCCAUGAAGGAGCAGAAAAUCGAGCUGCAUGAUGUACAAAUAAACCAUUUGGAGACCGACAAAGAAAAAACUCCGCAAAGCUGACAGUGGCAACAAUCUAGUCUCCUGAAUCGAUGGCUAAGAUAUGUGAUAUGCACUCCCUGUUCUAUGCAAGCAAUACCAUCAACAUCUUUACCUCAAAUAAAAUACUAUGAUGAGAAGUCAACUCAACUAUUAUCUACUUAUAGUACCGAUGUAUAAUUGCUUUAUGUGACUAUAGUGUAUUUACAAUGAUUUAGUUAUGUGAAUUGAACACGUUUUCCAUUUAAUUUUAAGUGACUUGAUGAAGCACGUGUGAAUAUUUUUAUGUACUGCCGCUAUUGUUUCACAGUGAAAUUUCGUUUCUCACAAAUGUAAGAAUAUACAAAGAUCGUUGUAGAUAAAAAAAUGACCAUUAGAAACAAAUGUAUUGUUUUAAUCAA